CCGCCCUGACACCGCUCUGACACCGCUCCCUCACUCCUCACACAGCCCGGGCCGCUCGCGCGCAGGCGCACCCGGAGCUUCCGGCAGCGCUGCCGUGAAUGGCGGAGCCGGGGGCUGGAGCGGCGGCGGAGCCGGAGGAGCCCGGGGAUGGAUGGACGGAGGAGCCCGGGGAUGGAUGGACGGAGGAGCGGCGGCGGCUGUGGGUGCCGGGCGGGCGCGGGCUGGCGGCCGUGCUGCCCGUUUUCCUUCUCCUGGUGGCGGUCCCGCUGCCCUGUGCAGGCCAGAGCAGCCUGCAGAGCCCAGAGAAUGUGCAGGUGCACGUGGUGAACACCAAUUUCACUCUGAGCUGGGAUUACAACGGGAGCCAUCCCAAUGUGACAUUUUCAGCACAGUUCCAGUGGCUGAGGCUGGAGGACACGGGCUGGCGGGAGCUGCCGGGGUGCCAGGCUGUGGCUGGCAUGGGCUGUGAUUUCUCCUCAGCCAUCUCCGAGUACUACGAUGCCCACUACGUGCGUGUGAGGGCUCAGGCUGGGCCUCUGGUGUCCCCAUGGUCUGCAACCCUGGAGAUAAUGCCAGAAUACGUCGCUCAGAUUGGUCCACCAGGACUGGAAUUGCAGUCCACAAAUGGAAUUGUAAAAGUUAAGGUUUCUCCUCCAGAAGCAAAUCAGAGGAGAAAAAUGUGGAUCAAUGAUCUGAUUUUUAAAUAUAAACUGGUCUUCUGGGAAAAUUCAUCACAUGCUCAGCUUCGGAAUAAAAUAAUUUUCCCUGUUGACACCAUUGAUGAUCUUGCCCCUGACAGCACUUAUUGCUUCAGAGUUCAAGCAAAUCUCCCCAUGGAGGGGAAGCAAGGCUUGUUCAGCCCCGUCAGCUGUGUGAAAACCACCCAGAAAGUGAAAGACCUCCUCUGUGCAACCAACCUGAGUGUCCUGGCCUUGAACAUGAAAUUCCACCUGCUUUGGAAUAACCAGGAAAAGCAGGAAGUGACCUACAACGUGCAGUACCUCCUUGGGUACCUGAAGAAGCUCAAUGAUGAUUACUCAGAAAAGUGGCGCAGUGUCCCCAGGUGUGAGAACAUCACCAGCACCUGGUGCAACUUCUCCUCCAUCAUCAACACUACUGGAUUUUAUUAUCUCCGAGUGCAGGCCAGGCAGGGACACAACAAAUCCUGCUUGUCUGGGGAAGUCAAAGUGGAUCCUCUGAAAACAAAUGGAAUUGGCCCUCCUGGUGUAAGGCUGGACCUCAGUGACACUUUGCUCCACAUCCUUAUUUCUCCUCCAGGAGGAGCUGAGGAUGAGCUCAUGAGGGACAACUAUGACUUGUCCUACAGGAUCCUGUACUGGAAGAAUUCCUCAGCUAAGGAGGAGGAGGUGAAGCAGAAGGAGGUGAAGCAGACCAUAGCCACGGUGUCUGAUGUGUCCCCCUCCACCCUGUACUGUGUCAAAGUCCAGGCCUUCUCAAAGCCCUACAACAAAAGCAGUGCCUACAGCCAGCAGGAAUGCAUCCACACCCCUGCAGGUACGCCUUUGCCUCUGAUCAUUUUUGGGAUUUUCAUGUGUGCCCUGCUGGUUGUCCUGCUGGUGGCUGCCCCUCUGGUUUUUCUGCUCUACCAAGCCUACAACAAAAUCAAAUAUGUGUUCUUCCCCUCCUGCCAGCCCCCCGUGAACAUCGAGGGAUUUGGAGUACAGCUCUUCAGCAGCCCUUACCUGUCAGCUGCAGAGGAGCCAGUGGAAAGUUGCUGUGUGAUUGAAUCCAUGAUCACAGAAGAGGGAAAUCAAAUUGAUUUUACAGAUUGCAAACAUUCCAAACAGAGCAGUCAAGACUCAGGGAAUUAUUCCAAUGACGACAACACUUCUGGGAGCAAAGGAUCCAAAGCACCACUGGAAAAGGAAAUGGUGUAACUUUGGGAAAACAAGAUCCAUUUGUGGGGUUAUCAACCUCACAAACACUUCCAGCUUUUUGUGAUGGAAGUCCCAGCCUAAGGAGGAGACUGUGACAUUUGGGAUCCCGAGGGGGUCUCUGUGACAUUUGGGAUCCCGAGGGGGACUCUGGCAUUUGGGAUCUCUGGGUUUGGGUUCCCAGAGCCACUCUUGCUGGGGGGAUCUCGUCCCCCCUGGCUGGGAAUGUCCCCAGUGUCCCCACCCCACCAGGGCUGUCCCCAUGCAGCAGGAGCAGCUUUGGGCACUUGUGUACUUGAAGCUGCUGAGCUGAACGCAGCCCGUGUGCUCCUCGUCCCUGGGGAGUCACUCCCACAGGGCUCACUCACCAAAGGAAAUCCCUGCUGGACACAAUCCUGGGGAAUUUUCACUUCCAGCCCCUGGGCAGUGCUUGGUCAGCAGGGCCAGAGCUGAAGGUGCCAAGGGAGCAGGAGGAGCAGCAGGGAGGAGGCUGGGAUUCCUCAGGGAUUCUCCAUGGGAUUCCUCAGGGAUUCCCCAUGGGAUUCCUCAGGGAUUCCUCAUGGGAUUCCUCAGGGAUUCCCCAUGGGAUUCCUCAUGAAUUCCUCAGGGAUUUCUCAGGGAUUCUCCAUGGGAUUCCUCAGGGAUUCCUCAUGGGAUUCCUCAGGGAUUCCUCAUGGGUUCCUCACGGCUGUGGCUGGGGUUGCUCCCAGUGCUUGUUCCAUGUCUCACUGCCCCUGGAUCCCUGGCAGUGCCCAGUUCCAGGUUGGACUCUGGGGCUGGGAGCAGCCUGGGACAGUGGGAGCUGUCCCUGCCAUGGCAGGGGUUGGGAUGAGCUUUAGGGUCUCUCCAAACCCAUUCUGGAAUUAGCAGGACCCCAGUGCCAUUGAGGAAAUGCCUUUAGCACAGGGUUUGAGGUCCUGUUUUGCCAAGAGAUUUUCUCUGGCCACCAGGAUGUACUGUAGUGACAUUUCAGUUGCCAUGUUCCAUAUUUUCCAUGCUGACUCUUCCAGAGUAUUUUUUUGUAUUUUUUUUAUGAAGAAACUUUUUAAUGAAGGUUUUUUAGGAAGAAACUGCUUUGGAGUCAGCUGGGUUUGAGCAUCCCGUGGGUUGCUGUUGUUUGUUCUAACUAGGAACUCUUGUUGUUUAUAUAUCCUUUUGUACUUUAAUUUUGAAGAUAUGACCUAAUUUUAUAAAUUUCCUAUCCCCGUGUUCAUUGAAGAACAUAACAAAUAAAUUUUGCACAUUUUCUUCUUA